UUCAACAAAUGCAGUAAAGAGAUACCGAAUUGGUCUUGCUAUUUCGUGAUUUCGGUACAUCUUGAGUAUAUCGAACAAUGUUAUUUUCGCAUGUUAAUUCAUAACGAGCAAUAUAAUUAAUUCUCUCCGUUUAGAACGAUAUAAUAAAAUGGCAUCACUCGCUCGUGUCGGUAUCGCCAGAUUCGGAUACAAUAAUCUUACUAGGCAAUUAUGUAAGGUAACAGCUACCAGUAAUGUGAUGCAAUUGGCAUACAUUUCACAAAAGGCUAAACGAGUGAAUCAACGCCGGAUCCCGCCAUUUGACUAUUUACAUAAAAAGUAUGGUGCAUGGGCACAGUUUUUUGAUCCAAUGGUUGAUCGAUGCGAUGAGAACUCCAAGGUGAUCGUUGUUGAAGGUCCGAUUGCUGCAGGAAAGUCUAAAGUAGCCGCAAAAUUAGCCGAGGAGUUUGAGAUGGUUUAUCUUCCACCGCCAACCUUUGACGAGUAUUACAUAAAUGAAUAUGGAUAUGAUAUACGUACGCUGGAUGACAGAUUAACUAUGAACUCACAGUCAUGCGAUGUGCAGAAAUUCCUAACCAAUCCGCAACAUCCCAAUGUGCCUAUGUUCCAAUUUCAUUACUUUCAACUCAAGUUUGAUCAGUACAUCACUGCCCUGCUACACUUGCUGUCCACGGGUCAAGGAGUGGUGCUCAGCCGUUCUUUUUAUACCGACUAUGUAUUUGCCAAAGCAAUGACAAAUGCUGGUUACAUGCGUCCAGAGGCAUUAAAAUUUUACACCGAUGUCGUUGACAUUGCUAAGAUGCAGAUGCUCAGGCCCCAUUUAAUCGUUUAUUUGGAUAUACCUGUGAAUGUCGUUAAGGAAAAGAUUAAAAAACGAGGCAUACCAUACGAAGUGAAUUCAAAAGUUCUCACUUCAGAGUAUCUACAAGAUAUUGAAAAUAUAUACAAAUUGGAUUACCUAAAAAAUAUUAUUACACACUCUCAUGUGUUGGUCUAUGACUGGACAAACGAGGGAGAUGUUUCUACUAUGGUCGAGGAUAUUGAAAUGCUAAACUUUGAUUAUGAGGAUAAGACAGCUAAAAAAAUGGCCGAUUGGAGAUUUGAAAGUGUUCAGGACCUACGAACUAAAAGGAUACAUUAUGACAAGAGAUAUUACUUGCAUAUGGAUUAUGCGAGAAAUGAAUAUACAGUACCAGAAUUACACUACACAGCUGAAGAAGAUGAAGAAAGAUAUUACGCACUGAAAUUGGUACCUGGAUCUCUGUACGUUAAAGGAUUUAAUUCUGUGUUGGGAGACAAAAAUAUUUUGUGGAAAAAGGAUCGAUAUUUUAAUUUAAGAACCUUAAGACCUACUGCCCGUGAAAUAGAUGUCUUAAUUGAAGAAAUGAAGAAACUCAAGACUGCUUCAAUGCAGUAAGACGAGAAGAUAAUAGACCUAGGAAAAAUAUAGAAUUGUAAACAAUAAUUGAAGUAAAAAUAAAUUUUACUUCCAACUGGAAGAUGUCUCCA